CAUUCAACAUUCAACAAAUUAAAGUGAUUUAUAAUAAGAUGGGUUAUUUCUUACUUGGUGGCAGACGCACUCUUAUGCUUUCUCUAUGCCUUAUUUUUGUGAUGCAUAACUUCGCAGCUGAUGGGGUUAGUAUUGGACGAAAAGUGCUGCUUUAUCCACUUUUCCCGAGCGGAGAAGCGCCGUGUAAAAGGGAAGAUGUUUGCGGCGAAUCGUGCGUGAAGAAGGGUGGCUCCUGCCUCUUCCACAACAAUUCUUUCACCCAAUUCCAUGCACCCACAAUCACCCUAAUCCUUUUUCUUCUUCCUCCUCUUCUAUUACUCUUCAUUUAUAUUUACAACUACCUCUUCUCCGGCGGCCCAAACAACUCCCCUCUCUACCUCAUCGACUUCUGCUGCUACAGGCCGCCGGACCACCUGCGGAUCUCGACGGCGCAGUUCAUCGAGCACGGCCACUCCUGCGUGUCCAGGAAGGACCAGCAGUCGUUCGACUUCUACGCCAAGUCCGCAGCGCGGUCGGGGAUCGGCGGCGAGGCGUGCGCGCCGCCAGUCAUGCACCAGCUCCCGCCGGACUUCUCCCUGAGGCCGUCGAGGGAGGAGGCGGAGGCGGUGCUCUUCGCGGUGGUGGAGGAGGUGCUGGGGAAGUGCGGCGUCCGGCCGGAGAGCGUGGACGUCCUCGUCUCUAACUGCAGCCUCUUCUGCCCCACCCCUUCCAUUACUUCCAUGAUCAUCAACAGGUUCAAGUUCAGAAGCAACGUGAAGAGUUUCAGCCUGAGCGGAAUGGGGUGCAGCGCGGCGAUGGUGGCGAUGAGCGCAGCUCGAGACGUGCUCAAAGUGAACAAGAACUCAGUGGCGUUGGUGGUGAGCAUGGAGGCGAUCACGCCCAACGGCUACUUAGGGAACGACAAGUCCAUGAUCCUCACCAACACCCUCUUCAGAAUGGGAGGCGUCGCCGUCUUGUUGUCCAACCGGAGGCGCGACCGCAAGACGGCGAAAUACAAACUCUGUCACCUCGUGCGGACCCACAUGGGCGCGGACGAUGAUUCCUAUCGCUCCGUGUACCAGACAAACGAUGAUUUGGGGUUUCAGGGCGUUUUUCUCUCCAGAAAGCUUCUCCAAGUUGCAGGAAAGGCACUGAAAACGAACAUAUCAAAGCUCGGCCCGCGGGCUCUACCGUUAUCCGAACUCGUCCUCUAUGCGUACGCGACGACCAAAAGGAGAAUCUUGAAGAAGGGGGACGCGUUCGUGCCGAAUUUCAAGAAGGCUUUCGAGCAUUUCUGCAUCCACGCGGGGGGAAGAGCUGUGAUUGAUGCAGUUGAGGAAAGCCUCAAGCUGAGCAAAGAAGACGUGGAGGCCUCUAGAAUGACACUUUACAGGUUCGGAAACACUUCGUCUUCCUCGGUUUGGUACGAGCUUUGCUACCUUGAAGCUAAAGGGAGGAUUAAGAAGGGCGAUCGGGUGUGGCAGAUGGCGUUUGGGAGCGGGUUUAAGUGUAACAGUGCUGUUUGGAUGUGUGUUUCGGAGCUUGACCCGAACCCGAAUAAUGCAUGGUCUGAUAGGAUCCAUAGGUAUCCUGUGGAAGUUCCAAAGGUUUUAGAUCAUUGACAAAUCUUACCUUUGGGUAGCAGCAACAUGUCUAUGUUGUCGGAAAACAAAACAAGUAAUAACGUAAAUGACAAGACAAUAAAUUGGUUUCAUGUAG